GCACCUGUGACUUCUCAUUGGAUGCUCCCUUGGCUCUCGUUUUCGAAUGUUGCCCGCAUUGGCAAACCAGGAGGAUGGAAAAGAGGUCUGAAAACUAAAAGACACUCACGCGUCCUGAGCACGCUCGAUCCGCGACACAUCCUCCCCUCUGACCUCGUGGACCUCUCUGGCCGGAUCAAAGCGCGAAUCACACUCUCCGACCGCCCUCAGCAUGAGCAAUCUACCUCACCUGCUGUCUUACUGUAUGGGCCGGUCUCUAGCCCACCUUACCGUGCCCUACCCUUCCCACCCAAUACACGCGGCUUCCUUUACUGGGACCGCCGACUCGACAUCUCCCGCUCAGGCCUCGCCGGAGCGCUCAAGUUCCGUCUCAUUAACGGCAACGAGCCAUCGGACCCGGCGCAUGCGUUCGCGUUCGGCCACGACUUGCUGCUUCCCGGUGCGGACAGGCGCGUGUGGGCGCGCGUCCUGCCGGCAAUAGCGACGCGGGUGCAGUACGGGGAAAUUGCGGAAUACCUGCUGCGAAGCGACGUUGUGUCAUCUGACGACCUGCAGCUGUGUCGCCAGGCGUUCCCGCCGCGCACCGCGCUCUCGACUAGGCUGAGGCUGCUGUACCGCCUCGGGCAGAGCUUUCUGUUGGAUAUACACUCGCCCAAGCUACACCUGCGGGCUGUUAGUCCGCGUCAGAGGGUUGUCUUCCCGGCUGCGCAGAUCAAUUUGUAUCAAGGGUUUGGGAAGAUGGAUUGGCCCGCGUGCUUCGUGCGUGCCCAUUUUGAGCGGGUGCAAGGCGAUUCCUCAUCUUCUUCACAAUUGCUGAUGGGACUUCGGAUUGAUUCGGUGUUGACGCCGUACAAUGUCGCUGCACAUCCGGGAGUUCUCUUCGCUCCGCCUGUAGCUGGCGAGUUGUUGCAAGUCCGGGACGGCGGGACGCUUAGGCCCUGGGUUGUUUACACUGAGCGUUAUCGGGGGGGAUUUGAGGCACUGCUGCAAGAGGAGAAUGCACAUUGGCUUGCUGACAACGUUCGGUAGCGUUCCGUUCCAUUUGGGAAUGUCAUUGAUUGAGAGAAGCCGAGAGCCAUCGGGCCACGUCCUCCAAGGCCUCGGUCACUCGUUGCAUGACUGACAUCCGGCAUUCAAAGAGACGCAAAUACGCGCGUGCACGGACAACAAUUGAAGUCAGAUGGUUCAGAUGUAGAAUCCGGCUCUGCUCCGUGCUUCUCACGCGCGGUGUUCCAACUCUCGAAUAGGGAAUAUUGAACGACGCAAACUCGCUCAAGUCUCGUUACGCGUUGCCCGCAUGGCACAGUAUCAGACAUGAAUUCAGCGUGGCAACGUCAUCGUGAUUAACUGGAGACGGGCCUGUGGCUGCCUCAUUCCGGCAGAAGGCUCUUGCUGGGGGAUAUAUAAGCCGACGAGGACGAAGCUCCAUUCAUUCUCCAACGCUUCUCUGAGUUUCGAUGGCAAACACAACCCAAUCGUAUGUCGUGACUGGUGCGAACCAAGGUCUGGGAUAUCACACCGUGCACCAAAUUGCGCAGAAACCACACACACUGGUAUUCCUCGGCGCACGGAGGAUAUCCGCUGCGCAAGAGGCCAUCGCUAGCUUUGCAUCCGAUAUCCAUCCCACUUCGGCUGUCAUCCCCGUCUAUAUGGACCUCACCAACGACAAGACUGUGACAGAUGCGGGUGUAUUCGUUGCAGCAGCUUUGAAGGAGCGUGGUCUGUCGGGCUUGGAUGCGCUCGUCAACAAUGCGGGAAUUGCUUCCGGCACAGACCUGCUCAUCCUCACAACGAACAUCGCCGGCACGAUAGCGGUGAAGAACACGUUCCGACCGAUGCUCAAGCGAGGCAGCAGGAUCGUCAACGUGUCUUCCAUGCUUGGCUCGCAGGCACUGAAUGAAGCACGCCCCCGCAUCCCUGUCUCGAUCUACAAGACCUACGCUGCGAGCAAGGCCGCGCUCAACAACCUCACACUCCAGUGGGCGUUCGAGGAGGAGGAGUCCCAGUCGGGCAUUCGCGUCAUGGCGCUCUGUCCAGGCCUCACCGCAACAGCCGCAAAUGCGUAUAUCGAGCACGGGUCUCCGCCAUCUGAGAGCUGCAAGAUUAUUGUCGACUCGGCUGUGGGCACACCUGAAAAUGGAGUCUUCUUGGAUGUUAACGGUGCAGUCAUACCAUGGUAGUCUGAGAUGCGAUUCGGUUAUCUUUGAAUGCUAAUUCUCUGCUACGAAAACACGACAGUCCAUACUGCAGGUCAUGUGUAAUCCUUGCUUGGGAUCGACGAGUCAUUAUAAUGGUAUAUGUUGUGAAAAUGCG